AUGACCUCUGCUGCUGGUCCAGCAGGUGUUACGCAGGGUGCUGGAGCGUCCCAGCAACUCUUGCAACAACCAGCAUACCCCACCCCAAUUUUUGGAACGAACCAUGGUGCUAGCGCUCCUUCGACUGUAGAUCGGCCAAGCGCCAAUCCUGUAGCCUCGCAUGGGCAGCUGGGUAUGCUCAGCGCACCUCAAGGAGCCUUCCCCAACUGGGUGCCAACUGCUGGUCUCGUCCUGACUCCCGCAUCACAGGGACCGCCAUUCAUGACACCGAACAGAAUAGAACCCCUGCAGAUGGCUGGGACUAAACCCGCCAUCCACUCGGGAGUCAUUCUGCAGCCAACUGAGCCGCAGCAGCUCGCUCAUGCAAAGGUUGGGAUCAUGUAUCUGAAACAAGUUUACUCAGCAAAACUGCCGACGAUGCAACUGCAUGAAUUGUCAGACGGCCAGCGAACGGAGUACAGUCGGCUGCUGCAACAGCUUCACGAGGUAACUCAGGACCCCGAUGUCAAACUACCAAUGUACUGGAUUGUUUUGAGAUCGGAUAAUAUGAUCCGCAACCUAGUCGCAAUCGUCUCGUUGGUGGCACAUCAAAGGGCUAGUUAUUCGACAAGAUCGAACCAAGUCAUAAUUGAUCCCUCCGGUCUAAAGAGCAUGCAUAGCUUACUACAAAGUGCUAUCAAACGUUUUAGGCAUCAGACGAUGGAAGCCGCCGCCGCACCGCAACAAGCGGAUAGUGGACUUGCAGGACUUAUCAUAAAUAGACAAUCCCCCCCACCUACCGCUCCCGAUGUCAUCCCCUCCACUCGGCCUAUCCCUCCAAUUCUCAUCCCAGACUUGACUGGGCUCAUCACCCGAUGCCACCAAGAUCCCGUUUCUGGCGGUACAUACGGAAAUAUUUACAAAUGUAUGUACCACGGGCCAGACGGCGACAUACAGGUCGCCAUCAAAGCAAUGCGACCGCAAAUGAUCAGUACCGAGGUGGUGGUAUUCGUAUUACGGAAAGAGCUCGGGAUUUGGAAGAGGUUGCAACACUCUAAUAUCUUGAAGUUAAUGGGUACUACUAGAGGCUUCGGCUCCUCCGUGGCUCUGGUUGCUCCGUGGAUAGUCAACGACACUUUGACAUCGUUCCUCAACAAGUACAACGGAACCCUCACGCUGCUUGAUCGUCUGCUUCUGCUCCGUGGCGUAGCCGCUGGCCUCAACUAUCUUCAUACGUUUAGCUUCACUGUAGACGGACACACGUACUCUAAUCCAGUCGUCCACGGAGACCUCACUGGUAACAAUGUCCUGAUCGGUAGCGAUCGAACUGCAUAUCUCACAGACUUUGGUCUUUCAGGAACUUUAACCAAAUUGCCCGGGAUGACUUACCUCGUGAAGAUGAGCUGUCGUCCAGGAGCAUUGAGGUGGACAGCUCCUGAACUUCUUUCCAAAGAAGAAUCAGCCUCUGCCAUCACCCUCAGAGCGAUAUGUAUUCCUUUGCUUACCACAUACUUCGUGCAGGUUCUGACGGGAGUCAUCCCUUGGCGUCACUUGAGAAAUGAUUUCGUAAUCUGCUCAAAAGUGACCGCAGGGGAAAUACAACCUCGUCCAGAUGACGCUUGUGUCACCGAUGGGUACUGGAAUUUUAUGACCCGUUGCUGGUCAAAGACACCUGUUGAUCGGCCUUCUGCUAAGGAAGCACUUGAAUUCUUCGAAAGCGCACUCGAUACGAUUGAGCCAGUGCUGUAA